UCGCCUCCCGGGGGCCGGGGCCGCCCGCGCCGCGUCCGAGCUGCGGGGACCGCGCCGAGGAGCAUGUCCGCGGACACGGAGAUGGAGAAGAGCAUCAAGGAGACCUCCAUUUUAGAGGAAUACAAUAUUAAUUGGACUCAGAAAUUGGGAGCUGGAAUUAGUGGUCCAGUUAGGGUCUGUGUGAAAAAAUCUACCCAAGAACGAUUUGCACUGAAAAUUCUUCUUGAUCGUCCAAAAGCUCGGAAUGAGGUACGUCUGCACAUGAUGUGUGCAACACACCCAAAUAUUGUGCAGAUUAUCGAAGUAUACGCUAACAGUGUGCAGUUUCCUCAUGAGUCCAGCCCAAGGGCUCGACUCCUAAUUGUAAUGGAGAUGAUGGAAGGGGGAGAGCUAUUUCACAGAAUCAGCCAGCACCGGCACUUUACAGAGAAGCAAGCCAGCCAAGUAACAAAGCAGAUAGCUUUGGCUUUGCAGCACUGUCACUCACUAAACAUUGCACACAGAGACCUCAAGCCUGAGAAUCUGCUCUUCAAGGAUAACUCUUUGGAUGCUCCAGUUAAGUUGUGUGACUUUGGAUUUGCCAAAAUUGACCAAGGGGACUUGAUGACGCCACAAUUCACCCCUUACUACGUAGCACCUCAGGUAUUGGAGGCACAGAGAAGGCAUCAAAAAGAGAAGUCUGGGAUUAUACCUACCUCGCCCACACCCUACACUUACAAUAAGAGCUGUGACUUGUGGUCCUUGGGGGUGAUCAUUUAUGUGAUGCUGUGCGGCUACCCACCUUUUUACUCCAAACACCACAGCCGGACAAUUCCAAAGGACAUGCGGAGAAAGAUCAUGACGGGAAGCUUUGAGUUUCCUGAGGAAGAAUGGAGCCAAAUCUCCGAGAUGGCCAAAGACAUUGUGAGAAAGUUGCUGAAGGUCAAGCCGGAGGAGCGGCUUACCAUUGAGGGGGUGUUGGACCACCCCUGGCUAAACUCAAACGAAGCUCUGGACAACGUGUUGCCAUCUGCCCAGCUGAUGAUGGACAAGGCAGUAGUUGCUGGAAUCCAACAGGCUCAUGCAGAACAGCUGGCCAACAUGAGAAUCCAGGACCUCAAAGUCAGCCUCAAACCCCUGCACUCUGUAAAUAAUCCCAUUCUCAGAAAGAGGAAAUUGCUUGGCACAAAGCCGAAGGAUGGUGUCUAUAUUCAUGACCCUGAGAAUGGAGCAGAGGACUCCAAUGUGGCGCUGGAGAAGCUACGAGAUGUCAUCGCUCAGUGUAUUCUGCCCCAGGCUGGUAAAGGAGAGAACGAAGACGAGAAGCUGAAUGAGGUGAUGCAGGAGGCGUGGAAGUACAACCGGGAAUGCAAGCUCCUUCGGGACACCCUGCAGAGUUUCAGCUGGAACGGCCGUGGAUUCACAGAUAAAGUUGAUCGACUGAAACUGGCAGAAAUUGUGAAACAAGUGAUUGAAGAACAGACUGCCUCUCAUGAGUCCCAAUAGCCACAGCCUCAGAGCAUUAGUUUGUUUUUGUUUUAUUUUUUACAUUUUGAAAAUUUAUUCCUUAACUGUACAAAGUAAUUUUUAUGUAAAUUAAUAAAUCAUAAUUUCAUUAAAUUUCCAUACUGCUGAAAGAUGCUGUAUAGGUGUAGAUACAAGAAUCAUUGGUACUGUAAUAUUUUUUUAAGACAAGCUUAGUUUUUAGAGAUAGAUUAUGAUUCCUGUAUUGUUUGUUUGUAUGUCUCUCAGACAGGACAGGUGAUGUCACCAAGAUCCUUUGACUUGUAAUAGGUGCAGAAACACCUUACCAGCGAUGAGCAGCCAAGCAGCUCAGUAGAAAGCUGGAACAGGCACUGUGGAGUAUAAUCCCAUCAGCACCCUGUGUCUUCCCCCCAAACCAUCAGGGCUGGGACAGCUGGAGCACCUGGGGAGGGAGGGCAGCUUGGUUGGCUUUGGCUCCAGGUAGCCAUCCGGGAAAACCCAGCAAGCAGCUCUUCAGCCCGCCUGGCCUCUGAGGCCGGUGUCACUGUGCUUGCCUCUGCCUGAGGGAUUCUUUGGUGCAGAACUUGUCUCAUUUCCUUUCCUGUUUUUCUCCUGGUCUUUCUAGGGUGGAAUAGUAAGGUCUCCUAAGGUUUAAUGGUUUAAUGUGUGAUGGUUAGGAAUGAAAAGGAUUCAAAUAGUUUAGUAAAGGCAGGUUCUAGUCCAUUUAUUCUUUUUCUGCUUGUAGGUCCCUUAGAUGGUAGCCUUAUUUUUCCAGACCAGAAUUUAAGUUUAUCUCUCCCUGUUGGUUUUUUCUCUGUUUUGUUGUUCUUCCUCCUUGCUUGUACCUCUGUUGAUUUUAAACCUUGGUCAAAGGCUUGGAAGGCUGUGUAUUGUAUAUAUCUGUUGACUCCGAGACUAGAGACUUCUGGAUUAUUUGGGUUUCUCCCCAAAUCUGUGCUCUUCUCUCAGCCAUUUUGGCUGUAUCUCUCCUUCUUGCUUGCAUAUGUUCAUUCAACUGUCAUAGUUACUCAUUAGACUGAAUAUAAUUCAGAGUGUGGCCCUCAAAAUGUAGAACAAAUCUGUUGUGAUGUUGUCCUUUAAUAAAUGGAGGCUUUUAGAGAGACUUUGGUACCUAUGUAGGUAAAGCAGACCAGGUGAUGUAAACUGAGAUGCCAUUCAGGAAGAGAAGCAGUAGGUUUAUUCACUUUUGUAGCGUGCCAAGUCAGUCAGGGAGUACUAAUAAAGGCACUGGACUAGGCCUUGGGGAUGCAGAGGCAAAAGCAAACAGUCAGUGCCUUGAAGGAGCUUCCAUUGUGUCAGGGCAAAGCAGUCUUCAACCAGCAGGCACUGAUGAAGCCCCUACUGCUAUGGAUCAACCACUCCUAGUGCCAGGCUCUGGGGUUAGAGACCAAAGCAAGAUAAUCCCUGCUUUGGGGGAGUACCUUAGAGUUCUGCAUUUCCAGCUGAAAAUCUGGAUCCCUUAGGCGCUGCUCCGUGGCUGCUUACCUUUCCAAAGCUCUUUUCUAAAUGGAUCUUCAGAUUGAUUAGAACCACAGGGAGCCAACUCCGACAAUUUAUAACAAUGCCAGUGGCCGUUUAGAGAGGCUCUUUGUCUCCAGGGGCCCCCUCAUGUUGUUGUCCAGCUCACCCAGCAUGGCUAGACGUCAGUCCCCUUUGUCCAUGCUUUCUACCAUUAGAGGAGCCAUUACAUGGUCAUGGUUACAAAUAAUUGUGUUCCCUCUUGGCUGAGAGCAGCAAAGCCCAAGCCUGAGGGAGCUAAGGAACAAAGUCUAAUGGAUACUUUUCUCUUUACUAAUCCAAAAACCUAGUUUGGAGAUAAUCCAGGCUGUCUAGAUCACAGGUAGUUACAAAGACCCUGACAUCUGUCAGGAAACCUUCCAGCUGGAUUGUUUCUGGCAGCCAAACGUGUGAAGUUUCCCAUCUAACUUCCUGAUGAUAGAGGGGCGGUCCAAGGAGGAAGUGGAGGGUGAGGCAUCUAGGUUAGAGCUAAGGGAGGCACGAGGCUGUGUUGAAAGCAGACACUUGUGUCUGAGGAGCACUAUUGUCAUCCUGAUCUUCCUAUUGCUCAAUUCUUCCUUCUGUGGUAGCUUCUGGGACAUCAUCUCCACCUCAGAGUUCUGAUGGGCUGGACAUUUUUGAAAACCAUCACCUUGAACUCUCCUCUUUUUUGUUAGGGCUGAAAGUGGUGAACCAGGGGGCAUCUGAGGCAGCGAUCAAUAGGUUACCUGUACUUCGCCUUAGGCUACAUUGAAUGUCAGUCCAUAGAAUCAAGUGGAAGUGUCUUGAUGCCCACAGGAGGAUUGAGCCGACACUAUAUAGGCCAUCUGUAGUGUCUGAUCUAUCACUCAGUCAUGGCUGUCCUUCUGGGCUAGUAAAAGAGCAGAGUGAUUGGUGUGGAUGGUAGGGCUCAGUGUGCUUGGAGCCCUUGGAGCCAGGGAUCCCUAUCCAGUGAAUGUUGCCCUGGCCUCAUGAACCCCCAGGUCUUGUGCUUACUUUGAAGUAGCAGACUCUCCUGCUUUGUUUGUGAAGCGUAAAGCAGAUAGAAUCCAAACCUGAACAAGACUUUCAUGUGUUUCUUUUUUGUGUAAAUAUUAGGGAACAUCCCACUCUUGAAAGGCUUUGACACGUUAUUGGUAAUCUGUAGGCCUUGUGAAUUGGAGAGUUGAUAAGAAGACUGCUCCUGCCUAGAGUGGUGAAUCCCAUGAAGUCACCAGGUAUAGACUGUCUUGACUUUUCCCCAUUGUACCUCUGACCCUCCAUUGAUUUAUUUAGGAAACCCUUGUUCUUUAGUGAAAUGCCUUUGGGUCAGCCAUAGUUAGGUGUCUGGUAGGUGGCAGAGCCAAUCCUACGUGUGUCCUUUUGUGUCUUUAUAAACUAACAUGUAUGGGCAGGGAGAGGGUUGUCAGACGUUGGUGUUUGAAGUGUGUGGAUAUAAGGAAUUACCCUUUUUUUCUUUUUUCUUUUUUUUUAGAGAGUUCAUGUUGAGUGUAUUAUCCAUUUGAGAAAGGACCAAUUUGAAGGAUUAGUAGGUAAGAGCAGGGUAACAUAAGGUCGAAGGUCAAAUGAUUGAUUUCAGGCAUGUUAUGUCUAAGACAGCUUUGUUUUAGAACAAAGAUGGGAUGUAAUUUAAUUUCUAAUUACGCUUUAAUCCUUUAAGUGAAAAAAAUCAAUAACUGAAUUAUCAAGAGAGGUAAUGGGUGUGAAGUAAGUUCUCAGCUCAUUAAUGUCAGCUGUUACUGUGGAACAUGGUAUACAUGACUAGGGGCUGGCCUUGCAGUCAGGAGAACUGUUCUCUCUCUUGACACACUGGCUGGAUGACCGUGGCCAAAGUACCUGACCUCUCAGGGCUGCUGUCAUUCACUCUAGGUGCGGAUGAGUUUGAGAUCUGCCUCAAGUGCAGGGAUUUUCCAAACUAGGAGUUCCCAAUGCCAGCGGACUAAAAGGUUCAAAUGGUCCCUUCCCUCCAAAUGAUUACUUUUAUGCCACCCCACUCUUUGAUUUUAAGAUAAUCACCCAAGUAUGCAAUUCUAAUGGUUUUUGUGAAGUCCUGGAGGAAUCUCUCCCCAGAUUCUUCAAAUUGAAAUGUUCACAUUGGACAAUUUUAAAGCAAUGUUCUUUUGUAUGAAAUGCAAAGACAAAGACACGUCUAGAAAUCAUUUGGUCCUUAGGGAUAUUCUUCAGAACUAGUGACCCAGCUGUCUGACAAUGUCUUAUCUUGUCAGAUGAUGAAGAGAAACUUUGUCAUCUAUUCAAGGAGAGAAAUGUCGUAAAUUGAUAAUGACACCAUCACCCCAGAUAGUUUGGUCUACAACAGUGAUGACGUGUGAGAUAUCACAUAGUACCUACCCUUCAUUUCUGUGUCAGGUCAAGAGUGUUCUUUUUCAGUGUUACCUGUAUGCUUAUUUUUAUUUUGGAAUCAGUAUUAUAUUGUAAAUAUUCUACAUUGUUGUAUAUAAAAUGAUUUUACUAA